AUGCCCACUGCGACAGCUGUCAAGCAGCGCAUUCAGGAACAACUUCACCACGACCAAGACCACGACACACCAGCCCCCCAGGCAGCGCUCGAGUUUGCACGCCAGGCUGAGCGUCUGGGCCAGUACACGCCAGAACAGGAAGACGAGACGACUGGCUCUACCCAGGCCACCGAGGCGCUCUUCAUCACCCCCCAGGAUCCUGUAAUCGAAACUGCAAAUGGACAUCGACUGCCUGCCGUGCCCCUGGAAGAAGCCACCAAGCUCAACGAGCUGCGCAGCGCCAUUGACAAGGAGCAUCCGCCACAACAGGGGCCUUUAUCACCACGCCUGCGUGAGGCAAAAGAUGGGACAGUCCACGGCCUUCUUCCAAAAGAAGCCGAGAUAAAGGGCGAGGGCUUCUCCGAUGUGCCCCUGGGCGAUUCCAAAGCGCCUUGGAAGACCAACCCGCUCUUCCCGCCAUUGCCCAUGUACGGGCCCCCCACGCUGCUGAGAAGGUGCCAGUGCUUGUUCUUUCGCGUCUGCUCGGGGAUCCUGUCAUUUCUAUUCCUUCUCGUCAUCAUCCUGGGCGCUGCAUUCACAUCUCUGCCGGGCAUAACCAAGAAUCUCUUCCUGUUGCUCACCUUUCGCAACCCCGACAAGCGGCGCAUCUUUUACGACGAAGAGGUCAAGCGCAAGGAAGCCAGGAGGGCGGCAGAGCAUGCGUGGAAGAGGCAAAGCAGGGCAUUGUCAGAGAAAAAGGGGAACGGAGAAGACGGGCGGACAGAUACUGAAUACGUGCCCCUGGAAGGUGGUCCUGAUCCCCUGGUCUGCGAUGUUCGCUACUACGCGCGCCGCGUCGGGUUGGACUGCGAAAUCUUCGACGUGCAGACCGAGGACGGUUUCAUAAUCGAGCUCUGGCAUCUCUACAACCCCCGCGACUACAAACGUACAAAUCCCUCGCAACGCUCACCACACUCACCCGACAUCUUUCCUGGAGACGGCACUCGUGUCGCUGGCUCACAGUAUGGGCCCGGCGAAAAAAAGUACCCGGUACUCAUGAUCCAUGGCCUCUUGCAAUCCGCGGGUGCAUACUGUACCAACGACGACGACAGUCUUGCAUUCUUCCUGGCCAAAUCCGGUUACGAUGUCUGGUUGGGCAAUAACAGAUGCGGGUUCAAGCCUCGGCACAGCACCCUGGACUACGGCGACCCCCGCAUGUGGGCGUGGAACAUUCGCCAGAUGGGUGUCAUGGACCUGCCUGCCCUCAUUUCACGCGUGCUGUCCGAGACGGGCUUCGAAAAAUUGGGCCUCAUUGCGCACAGCCAAGGCACAACGCAAACUCUGGUCGCCCUGGCCAAAGAACAGCGCCCGGAAAUCGGCGACAAGAUUAGCGUCUUUUGCGCAUUAGCACCUGCCGCCUAUGCUGGUCGUCUGAUUGAAAAAGCGCAGUUCAAGUUUAUGCAGGUCAUUAGCCCCAACAUGUUCCGCGCCGUGUUUGGCAUUCACGCCUUCAUCCCGUUGAUGAUGACGAUGCACCGUCUCCUCCCGGGGAAAUUGUAUGGUGCCAUGGGGUAUCGCGUCUUUUCAUUCUUGUUCGACUGGACGGAUGCGCGGUGGGACCGCGGUCUGCGAGACCGGCUGUUCCAGUUUGCUCCCGUCUAUGUGAGUGCCGAGAGCAUGCGAUGGUGGCUGGGACGAGAGUGUUUUGCAAAGCAAAAGUGCAUCCUGGCUACAAGAGAAGAAAAGGCAAUCGAAGACCGAGAAGACGAAGAGCGCGAGCGCAGGAAGCGAGAAGCAAAGGGAGAAGCGCAAGUCGAAGACGAUGCAAACCAAGAAGACAAGAAGGCUGCUGCGCGCUUUGCAUGGUAUGGGCCGCGGACGCCUCCGUUCGCGCUCUGGGUAUGCGGCGAUGACCACCUCGUCGACGGGCGGCGACUGCUCCGUCGGUUUGAACAUGACCGCGAGCCGCAUGUCGAUGUGGUGCACUCCAAGGUCAUUGAAGGAUACGAGCACUUGGACGUGAUCUGGGCCGUGGACGUGAUUGAGCAAGUGGGCAACGAGGUGCGCGAGGUAAUAUGGAAGACGGCGCCAGAGGAUGCACGCAACAUGUGCCGGACGCCCAAGGGCUGCGAAGAGGUGGAUGUAUUUUAUCAGAAGAACGGGUAACUAAUAGAGGCAGCAUAUAGAUGGAGCGUUUUUCGUACCCGAGAUAUCCCUGGCUUCGAUUCCCCUGUAGCGCACAACUAGACCAGGAGGC